UUGGAAACAGCGUCAGGGAGCAGCUGAGAGAGGCUUAACAUUUCAAACGUCUGGCGGUAGGCUGCAAAGUUUCCACCCUGAAAACACUGUCAUGUAGCAGCAGGCUGGAGCACGACACCACACCUCACGGCUUGGUGUUCAAUUGGAAUUUGCCUCUCUGAAGCCCGGAAUCACACUCUUUAGUGCGUCGUUUUACUUUAUGUCUGUUAUUUCAAUUUAGAAGACAUGUUGUAGUCUGUGUCAGCUCUAUGCGUAACACAACAGCGUUAUUGUGAUUUAUCAGCUCUUCUGACUUUUCGGCAGACAAUUAAUGUAUUUCUUAGUCCUGAUUCCAAUUCAGUAAGUGAAUAAUCACGUCUUGGUCCGUUUUGAUCGUUUGCGUAACAGUCUGCUCAGCGUUAGCAGCAACAUAGUGCACCACUGAUUACAAGUGGGAUUCCGGUAUUAUUAGUCAUAGAUGUCCUCUCAGCUGGAAGCAGGCCUGCGGCUGGAGACCACAGCAAAACGUGAUGUACUCAAAUCCGAAGACGUGACGAGUCCUGACGGAUGCGCCGGGCAGCGCGGCUUCCGCGGGGACGGAGGGCAGAAUAAAGUGGCCCCAGCUCCGGAGCGCCAUCAGCCGAAGCCACGCAAGAUGACCCGGAGCCCCAAAUGCGCCCGCUGUCGCAACCACGGCGUCGUGUCGUGUUUGAAAGGCCACAAACGCUUCUGCCGCUGGAGGGACUGUCGCUGUGCCUGCUGCCUGCUGGUGGUGGAGCGGCAGCGCGUCAUGGCAGCGCAGGUCGCUCUGAGGAGGCAGCAAGCUGCGGAGGGUAAGAGGGGGGUGAGGUGUGCAGGUCCAUUGCGGAGGACUGCGUAUCAGCGUUACGCAAGAGCCGCCGAACCAAGCACACUGACUAAGAGCAUCCUGCAAGGGCUCAAACCAGUGGUGCCGCUGGAGGAAGACACCUCCUGCUGGUCAAAGCAUACGCAGCGGGACCAAACACACUUUACGUGUCCCCCCAUCAGCAGCCGGAUGAGGAAGAGGCGAGCCUUCGCAGACAAGGAGCUGGAGAACGUGAUGCUGGAGCGGGAGCUGAGACAGAGAGAGCUGCACAGCGACCUCUCCUUCUCCUCCUCUGGCCUCGUCCCCGUGCUGCACCCUCCGCCCCUGCCUGUCUCCCCAAGCCUCCACUGCUGUCUUCUCAACAAGGAACCCACCACUGCAGGGACGUCCAGUUAUGUGCCUGUGUAUAAAUAUAAGCCUCUGUAUGAGUGUGACUUUCAGUUCUAUCAGUUCUUCCACCUAAAGAGCAGGUCAUCCGCAGAAGGUGACCACACUGGCUUCUUAUGUCAAAGCUCAGAGCAAACCAGGAGGGAUGAGGGGGGGCUGAAUUGCUGCCAAGGCUGUGAAAAGAAAGACAGACCAGAGCUGACGCCUCUACCAUCAAGACAAACACUCAAACAUCAUGGCAGCACUUUGUCAGGUCUAGACCUUGUCAAACCCCCCUCAAAACCGACAGAAAUAAUGGACUCUAAUGGCUCUUCAACCGUCACACGCUUUAUGUUUGGAUCGGAUCAGGGUAUCCUGAGCGGGCCAGACGUCAGUGCACCCUGUAGGACUUUUGAUCCCAGUCCUCUGACAGCUAAGGGCUGGUGUGCAGACACUUCUGCCGAUCAGGCAGGUCCUUGUGCCGACUCUGGCAAGAGCCCUCAUGGCAGCUCAGUCAGGACUCCUGCUGUGAAGCCAUUACCUUUCUCUGUGGAGGCUCUGCUGAGGGCCUGACAGGCUAAUGAAAAGCAGUGGAGUGCACUUUGUUUAUGUGCGGACUAAGAAUCGCUGUUGAGUGAAUAAAUAGAAAGAAUUGCUACUUGUGUAACAGGUUUUGAAACACUUUUCUUGACAUGGGCUGCUUGCUAUUCAAUGAAAUAUUUAUGCACAACUUCCAGAACCUUAAUUAUUCAUUGUAUUUCUUCUUCUUACUUUUCAUAAAAAUGUAUUUGUUUAUAUUUUAACUAUGAUAUAGCAAUGAAACGUAUAUGUACUUUAUAACUUGAUUUUAAU